AUGGCGCGUUCAGACGUCGUUCCAGGAGGACGCGCGGGGAAGGCGAUGGCAGCCGCUGCUGCCGCCGCGAGUGGCGGCGGUGGCUCGUCCGUCUCGCUGCAGGACGCGGAUAAGAAGAGCCAUCGCGCAGCGCGGUCAGGGCCGGCAGCGGAGCGCAAGAAGGCGAAGGAUAAGAAGAAACGCGGCGUGGACGACGACGCGGAGGAACGCGAGAACCCGCGAGCGUUUGCUUUCAGGUCAUCACGCCGAGCCAAGCUGCAGGUAGCGAGGCGGGUGGAGCUGCAGCAGCGGCGCAUGCACGCACCCAGCGCUGCUGCCACACGCGCACAGGCACUAGAACCACCACCGUUUGUUGUGCUGGUACAGGGGCCACCCAAGGUCGGCAAGACAACGCUUAUUCGUUCGCUGAUAAAGCACUACACCAAGCACAACAUUCCAGACGUCAAGGGACCUAUCACUGUUGUUUCAGGUGAGUCGCCAUAUCUGUCGUACCCUCUCCCCAGACCUCCUGCGCUUCGCUCCCCUCUUUUCCUUACUCCCCAUCCCCUCACAGGCAAGAAGCGCCGUCUCCUGUUCAUCGAGUGCAGCGGCAGCGUGCAUGCCAUGCUGGAUGCCCUAUCUUCUCCUCCUCACUCUUCCCUCUCUCCCCCCUCACCCCUCACAGGCAAGAAGCGCCGCCUGCUGUUCAUCGAGUGCAGCGGCAGCGUGCAUGCCAUGCUGGAUGCGGCCAAGUUCCUCCCUCAUUCCCCCUUGCCCCCACUCCCCUCCGCCCCCUCUCCCCCGCCAGGCAAGAAGCGGCGUCUCCUGUUCAUCGAGUGCAGCAGCAGCGUUCAUGCCAUGCUGGAUGCGGCCAAGUUCGCAGACCUCGUGCUGCUGCUCAUCGAUGGUAGCUUCGGAUUCGAAAUGGAGACCUUUGAGUUCCUGAACAUGCUGCAGGUGCACGGCUUCCCCAAGGUCAUGGGCGUGCUGACGCACCUGGACGGAUUCAGAGACCCGCGCAAGCUCAAGAAGACCAAGAAGACGCUCAAGCACCGCUUCUGGACCGAGAUCUACGAUGGGGCGAAGUUGUUUUACCUCUCGGGUCUCAUCCACGGCAGGUACCCCAAGAGAGAGGUGCUGAAUCUGGCGCGCUUUAUCUCAGUUGCCAAGUUCCGCCCGCUGUCGUGGCGAACUGCUCACGGCUAUGUGGUGGCCGAUCGUGUGGAAGAUCUAACGGACACGGAGGAGGUUCGGAGAAACCCUAAGUGCGAUCGGACGGUUGCGAUUUACGGGUACUUGCGCGGGUGCAAUUUGAAGCAGGGCUUUAAGGUGCACAUUGCUGGGGUGGGUGAUGUGGCGGUGGAGAGUAUUACGCAGCUGCCCGACCCCUGCCCGCUGCCCGGGGAGAAAAAGAAGCGGAGUUUGAACGAGCGGGAGAAGCUGCUUUAUGCGCCGAUGGCUGAUAUAGGGGAUAUACUAGGGGAGGAGGACGAGGAAGAGGGAGGGGAGGACGGGGAAGGGAAGGAGGGCGAAGGCCAGAAGUUUCCUGGAAGGGAUCCCGAGGAGAAAGACUACAUCGAUAUUCUAAAGGAGCAGCUAGAGGCGAGGAAGCAGAGGACGGAGGCGGCACUGGCUGAGGUGGACGAGGCAACGCGCGUGGCAAUGGAGGGCUUCCCCGUGGGGGCGUACCUGCGCCUGCUGUUCCGCGCUCUGCCUGGAGAGUUCAUGCUGCACUUUGACCCGAGAGUGCCUGUCCUUGUGGGGGCUGUUCCGCCUACGGAGGAAACGCUGGGGUACCUCAGGGUGCGGCUGAAGAAGCAUCGGUGGCACAGGAAAGUCCUCAAGACACGUGACCCUCUGGUCCUCUCAGCAGGGUGGAGGCGCUUCCAGUCCGUGCCUGUGUUUGCCAUGGAAGACAGCAACGGCCGGCACCGGCUCAUCAAGUACACGCCCGAGCACAUGCACUGCCUGGCCGUCAUGUGGGCGCCGCUGCUGCCUCCCAACACUGGGCUGCUCGCUCUGUCCUCUGGUGCUGCCAGUGGUAGCAGCAAGCAGGCGUCUUUCCGCAUCAGCGCCACGGGCGUGGUGCUGGAGCAGCAGCAGUCGGCUCAGGUGGUGAAGAAGCUGAAGCUGGUGGGCACGCCAGUCAAGAUCUUCCGCCACACCGCAUUCAUCAAGGACAUGUUCUCCUCCCAGCUUGAGGUUGCACGAUUUGAAGGGGCAGCUGUGAGGACAGUGUCUGGAAUCCGCGGGCAGAUCAAGAAGGCUCUGAAACAUGGCCAGGGGCCGGAAGGCAGUGUGAGGUGCGCCUUUGAGGAUAAAAUCCUGAUGAGCGACAUUGUCUUCCUGCGCGCCUGGGUCAAGGUCACCGUGCCCAAGCUCUACAACCCAGUGUGCACGCUGCUCCAAUCAGCGAGCGCCACGUGGCAAGGCAUGAAGACUGUGGCAGAGCUCAGGCGGGAGCAGCAGCUGCCCAUCCCCGUUAACAAGGACUCCCUUUACAAGCCAAUUGAGAGGCGCCCGCGCUCCUUCAACCCUCUCAAGAUUCCCGCGAAGCUGCAGGCAGCGUUGCCCUUCUCCUCCAAGCCUAAGGAUGAGGUUCGGCGCACAACACCGAGCCUGGAGCAGCAGCGGCCGGCGGUGGUGAUGGAGCCUCAGGAGAGGCGGCUGCACACUAUGGUGCAGCAGCUCAACACCAUCAAAAACCAAAAGGUGAAGAAGCGAAGGGAGACGACGCGCAAGAAGCGAGCGGAGUAUGAGAAGCGCAAGGCAGCGGACGAGGAGGAGCAGAAGUACAGGCGGCGCGAGGAGAAGAGGGAGAAGUACAGGAAGGAGGCGAAGAGGAAGUUUGGUGGUGGCAGGGGUGGAGGUGAUGAUGCUGGGCCGCCUGGAAAGAGGGGCCGUGGGCUCGAAUUGACCGUCGUCGGCCAGUCUAUGGCCGUAGCCCGCGUGUACAGUCUGUUUGCUUCAUCCCACGACAACAAGAACCAGCGAGCGAGUUCGCCUUUCUCCAAGCGAUUCGACCACUCCGUGCGCCCGCUCUCCGAGCUUCGGUGCCGCUUAGAAGACCUCAUACCGGACCAGCGCGACCGCGUGCGGAACCUAAAGACCAAUUAUGGCUCCGUGUCGCUCGGCGAAACGACCAUCGAUAUGGCGCUUGGCGGAAUGCGUGGAAUUAAAGGCCUAAUCUGGGAGCCCUCCAUCCUCGACGCAGAUCUCGGAAUUAAGUACCGCGGCUUGUCUAUCCCCGACUGCCAGCGCCUCCUCCCCUCCGCAAUUCCCGGCGGCGAGCCGCUUCCCGAGGCGCUCUUAUGGCUCCUCAUCACGGGGGAGGUUCCGACGCCGAUUCAGGCGGCGUCUAUUACGGAGGAGCUGAGGCUGCGCGCGGCGAAUGUGCCGGAUCACGUGUUCACAGUGCUUCGUUCCCUCCCGAAGCAUCUUCACCCCAUGUCCCAGCUCUCUAUCGGUGUAACGGCUCUUCAGUCCACCAGCGAGUUUGCCAAGGCUUAUUCUUCCGGCUUCGUGCACAAGACUCGUUACUGGGAGUCCGUGUACGAGGACGCGAUGAACCUUAUAGCGGGUAUACCGGUGAUCGCGGCGUUUAUCUACCGCCGGGUGUUCAAGGAUGGGCGUAUGAUACCGGCUGAUCCCACCCUCGAUUACGCCGCGAAUUUCGCGCACAUGCUUGGUUUCGACGAUCCCGGGUUUUACGAGCUCAUGCGGCUUUAUUUGACGAUUCACGCGGAUCACGAGGGCGGGAAUGUCAGCGCGCAUACCACGCAUCUCGUCGGCACCGCUCUUUCCGAUCCCUACUUGGCGUAUGCUGCGGGGCUGAAUGGUCUGGCGGGUCCGCUUCACGGGCUGGCCAAUCAGGAGGUGCUGAAUUGGCUUCACGAAGUUCGCGAAGAGCUCGGCGAAGCCCCGACGAAGGAGCAGCUGGAGGGGUUCGUGUGGAAGACGCUCAAGGCGGGGAAAGUGGUGCCGGGUUUCGGACACGCGGUGCUACGGGUUACCGAUCCGCGAUACAUUUCGCAGAGGGAGUUCGCACAGAAGCAUCUGCCCGACGACCCCAUGUUCCACCUGGUUUCUGACCUGUUCGACGUCGUUCCAGGUGUGCUGACGCAGACGGGGAAAGUCAGAAACCCGUGGCCUAACGUUGACGCGCACAGUGGAAUUCUACUCGCGCAUUAUGGGCUUAACGAGUCAAACUUUUAUACUGUGCUCUUCGGUGUUUCCCGCGCGAUGGGCGUCCUGUCGCAGCUGAUCUGGGACCGCGCCUUGGGAUUGCCGAUCGAGCGCCCCAAGAGCGUGACGAUCAAGUGGCUGGAGGAGCACGGCGAAGCGGCGAAGGCUCGCGAGGCGGCGAAGGCUCGCGAUCUGUCGGAGAUGGUGGAAAUGGUAGAGACUGCUUCAAGGCUGUGA